ACUGAAGAUGCCAAAAUCCAAAAAUAAAACACGGCCCGUGAACGGCUCCUUGAGCUCUUACUUUCCACCGGUUCCUAGCAACGAAAGAAAAAACGCGACGGCGUUUGCCACGACUUUAUUGGAAAAUCCAGAAGUACCUCAAGAAAAGCGAGUGAUCCCUAGGAAAAAAAUUGGAAAUUUUCACACAAAUACGCGUCGUGGGGAAGCUUUGGUACAAAAAGGAUCAGGAGAAGUAAAUUUUAAAGAAGAAAAGCCUUCAGAAACAAAAUUAAAAGCAUUAAAUUCACAAUAUUCAACCCAGAACAACGUUCCUUUAAUAAAACAAGAAAAUGAAGAUUUAGACUUUAAAGUAAACAUUCAAAACAAUGAUUCCAAAAUCAAACAAGAAAGUCAAGCUUCGAAGAAAAAAAUGAAUUGGCCAAAACGUCGUAACCCACUCGACGAAUCUUAUGAAUUUAUGUCUGAUGAAGAAGUGUGGACUGAUAAGACAAAGGAAAGAUGGCUAAACUUACAACGCACUUCUCAGAAUAUUGUCGAAGAUUUGCCCGAGGAAACUAUCGAUGAAAUGCCCCUAACUGAAGAACAACAUAGAGUGUACCAGUUAGUACUGAAUUCUCGAGAUUCGCUGUUCUUUACAGGAUCCGCAGGAAGUGGCAAGAGCAUGCUGCUUCAGCGAAUUAUUACUUCGCUAAAAAAAAGGUUAGGGAGUGAUUCUGUAGCAGUGACUGCACCCACGGGUGUGGCGGCAAUAAAUAUCGGUGGAAAUACGUUGCAUUGGUUCUCCGGAAUCGGGAAGGGAGACGAAAAAGAAGAUGUACUUAUUAGAAAAGUUAAAAGAAAUCUGAGUGCUAAAUUGAGAUGGACAAAAGUUGAAGCUCUUAUAAUUGAUGAAAUCUCGAUGUUGGAUGGAGCUUUAUUUGAUAAACUUGAAUCCAUCGCUAGGCAUGUUCGAAACAAUAGUAAUCCAUUUGGAGGUAUUCAAGUGAUCGUCACUGGCGAUUUCUUCCAGCUACCUCCGAUAGCAGAUAGCAGUAAUAAUGUCAAGUUCUGUUUUGAGGCAAAUUCAUGGAAAAAUUGUAUCAAACAUACUAUACAAUUGACACAAGUCUUUCGUCAGAAAGAAACCGAGCUGAUAACUAUACUAAACGAUAUGAGAGUUGGAAUGGUAACACCAAAUUCCUUGGAAUACAUUAAGAAACUACAGUGUGAACCUGACUAUCCGGAUGACGGAAUACUACCCACUGAAUUGUUUCCUCGUAAUAUUGAAGUAAACAACGCGAAUAUGGCGCAGUUGAAUAAAAUUAAACAUAAGUCGUAUUCUUUCUACGCCAACGAUUGGGAGCCAGAUAGAUUUGGACAACUGGAUAAGUUAGAUAAGAAUUGUUUAGCGCCAAAAGUGUUAACACUGAAAAAGGAUGCCCAGGUGAUGCUGAUUAAAAACUUGAAUAAAGAUUUGGUAAACGGAUCCAGAGGCGUGGUGAUUGGUUACCAGUCAAGUUCUACCGAACGAGAGUUUCUUGAUGGUAACGAUGAAGGAUUACCGCUCACAGAUCUAGAGCCUAUUGUAAAAUUCGACAACGGACAUAGGGCUGUUAUAAAGGAAGCUGAAUGGACCUUAAAUGGGAUGGGAGAUAUUAUAUUAGCGAGACUUGAUCUCACCAGAGUUUUCGAAAAGGGACAGGCCUACGUGGCCCUAUCCCGAGCUGUUUCAAUAAAAGCGAUCCAAGUGAUUGGAUUCGAUGAAAAAAGGGUGAUGGUCCACGAAAAGGUUAAGAACUACUAUAAAUCGCUUUCUUUUUGUGUCAAAAAUGAACAUGGUGAUCAAGAUUCAUCGUCAAACGACCUUAAUCAACCGUUAAAACCGAAGAUUCAAGAAGAAAAUAGUGGAAGCCUCUCGACCGAAAGUUCACACUUGGACGUGGAAAUUAAGAAUGAGACCGGAGAAGCAUUUGAUGAGACGGAGAAAAGCAAAUAUUUUAUUGGGGAAAGUAAGUCACAUGACCAUUAUAUAGACGACAAAGUAGAAAUGCAAAGUUCGAAACGUAAAAUCCAUGAAAUAGAUAAUGAUGCCUCUUAUCCAUUAAUGAAACGAAGGAAUAUGAAAUUAAAUUGGGGCGACGAAAACAAAGUUCUUUCUGGAUGA